AUGAUGAACGGUAUCAAACACGAUUUAGUUGGUACAGCAUCAACAGCGGCAGCAGCAGCCGCUGCUUAUCAAAAUCCACUACUCUAUGCUCCAACACCAUCAUGGAUGGGUGCAGAAAAUUUUCCAGACAUGAACAGUUUUGGUCUUUAUCCACAUUCUUAUUCAACAAAUUAUGAUAGACAUCAUCAUCAUCAUCAUCAUCAUUCAGCAUCGACAUAUUCAUCAUUAGCUGCAGCAGCAGCUUAUCGUAAUUCAAUGUCACCAUUAAAUAGUGAAUUUAAAAGUGAAAAACUUGAACCAUAUAUACCUAAUACAACACCAUCACAUCAUAGUCCUGUUCAUUGUGUACCAUCAACAUCAUCUAUAAUACCAAUAAAACCUCAAUUAAAUACAAUAAAUGAAGAAAAAAAUUCUUCAAUAUCUACAGCAUCAUCAUCAUCAUCAUCAAAAAUUUUAGAUAAUGAUGAACAACAAACAUUAGUACGUACAUCACCAACACAAAUAAUAACAAAUAAUAAUAAUAAUAAUAAUAAAAGAAUUAAAUCAAAUGAUAUAUCAAAUGUUGGAAAAAAACGUAAACGUAGAAUUUUAUUUACUAAACAACAAAUAGCUACACUUGAACAACGUUUUAAUGCUCAACAUUAUUUAUCAGCACCUGAAAGAGAAUUAUUAGCUAAACAUAUUGGUUUAACAGCUAAUCAAUGUAAAAUAUGGUUUCAAAAUCAUCGUUAUAAACUUAAACGUGCUAAACAAGACAAUCCUUCUAAAACAGCUUCCUCUUAUACAGAUCUUUGUUUUGAUCCAAAUAAUUCUUCACCACCACCACCUUCAACACAACAACCAAUCCGACGUGUACCUGUACCAUUACUUGUACAAGAUGGUAAAUCUCUUUAUGGUCCACCAGCAACAUCAUCAUCUCCAACAUCUUCACCAUAUGGUACAACAUUUAAUGAUGCAACUCUAACAGGUUCUCUAUCAACAACAAAUUCAUCAUCAACGUUUGAUCCAUUAGCAUAUAAUGUUUAUAUGUCAUCUAUUGGUUAUCAUCAUCAUCAUCAAUAUCCAACAGCAAAUGCACAAUUUCAUAAUUCAUAUGAAAAUUGUUUAAGACAACAACAAACUGCUCCAACUUCAGCUUGGCCAUCAAGUGUAUGGCCAUAA